AUGGAUAAUGACUUAUUAUUACCAGUCGGUCCUGAAUAUGGUGAUGAACCACGUCAAGAGCCUACCUUUGAAGACAAGGGCACCUCAGGUCAAAAUAUCAACAGGAAGCGUAAGGACUGCAGCAUUCAACUGCAAACAGAGUAUAUUGAUCAGCUUCUACCAAGGAGGGUUAGACUCAUGAGACUGACAGCAAAAACAUUGUCCAUGUUCCUAGCAGACACUGAGCAAUCUGUUCCUUCCCAGCCCCAGCCUGUUGUAUCACCUCUUCUGUUUGCACCUACGGAAGCAGACACAUCCACAGUUUCCUCCCAGCCCCAGUGUGUUGCAUCACCCCCUCCGUUUACAUCCCAGGAAGCAGGGCUGUCCACACCCCAGCCUGUUGCAUCACCCCCUCUGUUUAUACCCCCAGAGGCAGGGCCAUCCACAGUUCCCUCCAAGUCUAUUGUUUUACAUCCUCCGUCUGCACCCCUCAAUUUGAAGCUAUCCACAGUUCCCUCCCAGUCUAUCAAUGCUCUGGUCGUGGCUUUACCCGACAUAUCAGAGCUUUCAUAUAACCAAGCAAACCCUGCAUAUCAGAAAAUUGUUUUGUCCGCCAUGAAAGCUAUGAAGAUACAUUCAGUCAAAACAACAUCCAUAUCAAACAAAGCAGACAGAUAG